UUAAUAUUUCAGGAUGGGAAAAUCAUUAAGGGGUUAAGGCAGCAGCCCACUGCCCUGGGUAACCCGGAAUCGAAUCCGGACUACUUGAAAAAUCCUCAGAAAUUUUUCGGGGAUGGCCCGACUAGAUAUGUCGGCCCCUGGACCCACCGUCCCACAUUACCCGGCCGCCCCAUUGUAGGCCUGGCCGAACCCAUAAUGGGCUUGCUAAAAAAGAGGUCCUUAGUGAUUAUAGGGCGGAAAGAGUUAAAAAGUGUCAUGUAUUUACAAGAUACAAAAUAAACGCAACUGUUUUACUCACGUCGGAUAUUUCAAAAUGGCGAGUCGUCAGCAUGUGUCGUGUGGUCUUGAACUCGCUUGUGCCAAUGAUAUUAGUAAUUCUUUGUCAGCUGCUACUAGUGCCGGAUAUCAGUUUGUUGCAAUGCCAAUUGUUCAUCCAAGAUUCAAACGUGAAUUUAUAAGUGGAAAAGCAAAAGAUCGUUCAGGAGCAUUUACAAGAUCUGAUCUUGUUCUAAACAGCCAAGAUUGGAACACACUUAUUGUUGGUAAAGUUUCAUUGACUAUUGAUCCAGAUUCUGUGGCAUAUUCAGUGUGUAAAAAUUCUGAAAAAGUG